UCAUCUACCUUUGAACUAAGCAAAUUAAACUGAUUAUCUUACAGUUCAAAACUCACAUAUUCCAGUUCCUUCUUCUUCUCCUAUAACCCAAUAAUGACAAUUGGCCCUCACAGAGUAGCAGAUCAAACUGCCAUAGCCAAGGAUACCAAGGGAAACACCAGAUUUUAUCCAAGAGGGUUAAACAUCACAUGGGGUAAUGACGAUCGCUAUUGGCAUAUCUCUAACUCCAACACGCCAAAAAGUUCAUCGGUGGCGGAGCUGAAGCAAGUUUCAUGGCUAGAAGUGACAUGUUCAACAGACAAUGUGGAGGUUGGGAAGAAGUACAAAGUGGGGUUCAAUGUAUCAAUGAAACCAGAUGCAUUUGGAUGGAAUGGGAUUGAGGUUUAUGUAAUGGCUAAGGUUGGGAAGUCAGGAAAGUUCAUGUUCAAGAAAGUUUCUUUAGGAGACAAACCAACAAAUCAAAGUCUCAAGAUCCCUGAGGAGCCCUUAGAAAUCACAGUUGAUGCUUCAACUCCCAAAGAGCUUAGAACAAUUCAUCUUGGUUUGUAUGAAGUUUGGACUCAGAAGUGGAAGGGAGGAUUGAGGAUUCAUGAUGCAUUUGUUCAGACGAUUGGCUGAUUAAACUUUUGAACCAUUAGUAAUUAAUUACCUAUCAGUACAUGAGAGAUUUGUUUUAUUUUAUUUUAUUGUUUAAACACGAUUAAACCAUAUUUUUGAAGCUUUGUAGAUGUUAUGUUAUGAGUUGAUAUAUAUUUGUUGUUGAAAAA